AGUUCUGCAGACUUUGCCUGUCCUGGAAGCAAAGAUGGUCAGGAGCUGAUAACAUAUAUACUAUGAAAAACACUUGUGUGCCACGUCCCUCUUAUUUUGGAUGUCAUAAGACCAUAAAUGGCUGGUUUUAUUGGAGCGUAAUAUGGCACUGGGAAUGCUGUAAUGUGUUUUCCACAGCAACAGCCAUUAGAUUACACAUUCAGGAGGUGGACUUUGGAAUCUGCAUAGGUGAGUCACAUCAUUACAGGAAGCGAGAGACACAGCUCAAGACAUGGCUAAAUUCCUCACACAAACUCAAAUUAAUGAGUUCAAGGAAUGUUUUUCCUUGUAUGACAAGAAGCGUAAGGGAAAAAUAGAAGUCAAGGACCUGAUCACAGUAAUGCGGUGUCUGGGCACCAGUCCGACCUUCAGCGAGGUGGGGCGACAUUUACAGGUCCACAAGAUAGAUAAGAAAGGUGAAGUGGACUUCUCCACCUUCCUCACCAUGAUGCACAGGCAGAUCCAGCAGGAGGACCCCAAGGCAGAGAUCCUGGAGGCCAUGAGGAUGACAGAUAAACAGAACAAGGGCUAUAUCCAAGCCACUGAGCUACGAUCCAAGCUCACUAAGCUUGGAGAGAAGCUAACAGAUAAAGAGGUUGAUGAUCUUUUCAAGGAGGCCAAUGUCAAGUUUAAUGGAAAGGUGCACUACGAGGAGUUCACCAGGAUGGUGACUCUACCGCCAGUUGACUAUUGAGAGCAGAUAUGAUUUGCACCUGUUAAUCAUCAUGGGGACACUAGCAACGAUGGAGUUUUAUAGUCCAUUCACUGGUCAUCUAUUAGUAUGGAACCAUCCAUCAACUAAAAUGUGUGCAUGCAGUAUUUAUGACCUUAUUUUCGGAGGGGGUGUUCUGGGAUACAAUUAUUGUUAAUGUAUUAACUCUGUUUUGAUACAAACAAUUUAUAAAAUGUAACUUAAAUAA